AUGGCGUCGAGUCGAUACCAAGCUGAUCAGAAUGAAGAUGAUGAACAAACCCCAACCCCAUUAUGGAAGCCAUUAAGAUUAACUUCAUUACUUUAUCCCUUACCACCAGUUUCUUGUUCGAAAAUCAAUAAUGAUCCUGUAAAUGGAAAAGUUGAUAUGUCUCUGAUGGAUUCUGAAGAAUUAGUUGAGUCUUUAUUUAUAAUUGAAAGAGGACAAGGGGAAGGAAAUUAUGAUCAUGAAGAAGACGAUGAUGAUGAAGAAAAUGCUAAUUUAGAAGAAGAGAUUUCAGAAACCACUACAGAAUUGGCCAUUAGUGAUGAUCCUAUGAAUGGCAUUGGCCAAAUUAGGCCAAGACUAAUUGAAAUUCCCUUAAUACGAUUCGGAAAAUUUAGCGGGAAUAUUGAUUCAAGAGGUAGUAGAUGCAGCAAUAGCAUUCAUCACUCGAAUCAAACCCAAUUCAAACCAUGUCGAAUUUGUCAAUAUUAUCCAUAUGUUCUGUCUAAAUUAUCCAAAUAUCCAAAUGGAUGGAGAAUUGAAGAUCUUAGUAAUUAUGACAAUGAUGAUAAUGAAGAUAUACAUUCAGGUUCAGCUUCUAGUGGUGAUUCUCAAAGGGGUCAAUAUGGAGAUGACAAUAAUGAUUUUGAUUUCCCUCAUGAAACAAUUAACUUUGAUUUCUUAGGAGAUUAUCAAUUAGACAACUAUGAAAAUAUUACUGAUUAUUUUAGUAGUAUGAACAUAAAUAAUCUUACCUUUAAGAUGCCCAAGUCCAAUAAUAAUUUAACAUCUAAAGAGAUUGAAAUUGCAUUACUCAGUUUAUUGAAGGACCUUUCAUAUGAGAUUGCACUUAUGGAAAGUGGUACAUCCAAUUCAGUAGAUACAGGUGCUUGUGCAAAGAUAAAUGAAAUCAAAAGUCAUGAUAAUAAUGAUGAUAAUGAUAAUAGAGGAUACAAUAAAAGAUUACGGACUUUAAGUGGAUUUUAUAAUUACUAUGUUAAGAGCAAUGAUGAUAUUAAUAAUAGUAGUAUCAAUAUCAGUAAUAAUGAAAAUGAAACAGAAAUAGAGAAAGAAACUGAAACAGAAACAGAAAGAGAAACAGAAACAGAUAAUGAUAAUGAUGAUACUAUUACAAUAACAUCAAAGAGUAUCUAUAAUCGAAGUUACAUUCUUAAUCCCUUAAGUAAAUUAGGUUAUAAAAUUAGAAGCUUUUCCUUAAAUUAA